CGGCGCUCGCGCACAUGUGGCGGCGAAGCGUCGCGCGACGAACGUGAGUGCCGCGGUGUCCAUGUGAAGUGAAGUGACUACUGACAUGAUGCUGGGCGGCAUGGACGGCAAGGAGUACGGGGCGCUGCACGCCGCAGCCGCCGCCGCGGGAUACGCUAUGGACACCGACCCGAGUGCGGCGGGUAUGGGAAACCCUGGCGUGGCAGGCACAGGCACCCAGCAGUAUGGAGAGGUGAAUCAGCUCGGAGGAGUGUUCGUCAAUGGAAGACCAUUACCCAAUGCAGUGCGAUUGAGGAUUGUUGAACUAGCACAACUUGGAAUCAGGCCCUGCGACAUCAGCCGGCAGCUGCGAGUGUCCCACGGCUGCGUGUCCAAGAUCUUGGCGCGCUACCACGAGACCGGCUCCAUCCUGCCUGGAGCUAUCGGUGGCUCCAAACCCAGAGUCACCACGCCUAAGGUGGUGUCAUACAUAAAGCAACUGAAGGCGAAGGACCCUGGCAUCUUCGCGUGGGAGAUCAGGGACCGGCUGCUGGCGGACGGCGUGUGCGACAAGUACAACGUGCCGUCGGUGUCCAGCAUCAGCCGCAUCCUGCGCAACAAGCUCGGCGGCGGCGCGCUCUACCCCGUGCCGCCGCUCUACCCGGUGCCCCCGCAGCGCUGCUGGCCGCUGCACCAGCCCUACGACUACUACGUCUACCUACAGGGUCGUCAGCACACAGCAGGCAACCCUCAUGCCCUGCCCCACCCCCAUCAGCAGCCGCCCCCGCCCCACCAUGCGCACGCGCAUGCCCUCUGACACGCGCGCCUCGCCACCAAUCACGACCGGUGAUUAACAUAGCCGGUGAUCACGAGAUCGCCACCAGUGAAGUGAAGUGAUAUAAUUAGUGAACGUGGUACUAUUUAGUGGUGGGAGUGACACUAGACACUAUACAGGGUGCGCGGCACGACUGAGAUUAGUAGGAUAGGAUGUACUUUAUGUCUCUGUACGCUGACCGGUGUGGGCAGCAUGAUGAAAGGGUUAUAAAGCCCGAUCAAUGUUAAAAUCAAUUUAAUCUCUUGUC